AUGGUUGAUUUGGAUUGCAUGGAAUCAGCAAAGCCGCCACCGGCUAAUGAUGGUGAUAAUGAAAAUCUUGUGGAACCGAUGUCGUCGUCCAAUGUGGAAGAGAGGAAACAAUUGUGUCGCCUUUGUUUACUUGAUGAGCAUACAUCCGAAAAAGUAGUAAAUAUUUUUGAUGAAUUUCAAAUCGAUGAGCAAGGUAACAAAACAAAAGGAUUGGAGGAUAUUCUCUACGAUUUGUUUCAGAUAAAGUAUGAUCGUUCUUGUAGCUUUCUGCCGCAUGUAAUUUGUCAACGUUGCUGGGAAAUGGUUAAAGCUUUUGAUAACUUUCGUAAAAUAGUAAAACAUAGCGAAGAGCUUUUACAAAAGAGACUGGAACUGAUGAAGUCGAAUGCAUUUUUAGAAGAUUUCGACGACAAAAGACCUGGACUAAAUGGGAAUCCCGGUGUGUUCGUACCCGACGAUGAUUGUGAAAUACAGGAAAUUAAUCCCGAUGAAGAAUUUGAGUCAUCAGAUGAUGAUUUUUCUAUGGAAUCCGAUUCGGAUACGGAGGAGAUAAAUUUGCCAGCUAAAGAAAUAGAUGUAUUUACGCCAAAACCUACACAAGCUCCAGCAGUUAAAAACACAACUGUUUCUAAGCCGCCAACUGUGACGGAACCAAUACAAACGAAAGAUGUUUCAUCUGUACUUAGUGAACACAAGGGACUGGAAUUUACCAUUACAAAUACAUAUUUAUGCCAGUAUUGUGAUAUGGCCUUUACAACACAAUCAGAAUCUUUGGAGCAUGAAGCGUCUCACGAUAAAGUUAUGCCUUACAUUUGUAACUUCUGUCCCAAAGCUUACAACAAUCGCCAGGCUAUGAUAAUGCAUAUUAAAGAAUUGCACGAUCCUGAAAAACCGUAUAUUUGCGCUCUAUGUCGCAAGGGAUUCUGCAGAAGAUCCGAUCUCAAGAAGCAUACAAUUGUUCAUACAGGCGUAAGACCCUUUGCUUGUCCACUUUGUUCGAAAAGCUUUUCACGUAAUACGAAUCUCCAUAAACAUAUGCGCAUCCACAGCAGUAUUAAACCUUAUGUUUGCCAGCAAUGUCCACGGUCUUUUAGCACCGGAACAGAACUUCUAAAGCAUGCUCGUACUCAUUCAGAAAUUAAGUCGUUUAAAUGCUCAAAAUGUCCGGCUGCAUACGCUCGCAAAGAUAAACUUCAAAUUCAUGAACAAUCUCAUCAACGAAAGGAACUUGAGGCUUUACAAAAUCAAAACAGAAUUGCCGGAUCUUUUCCAAUGAUGCAGAACCAAGAAACUUUGGAAAUGACACAGCCAAUAAAUCCGUACUUGAAUCAAGAGUUGAAUUCAGUGGAACAGCAACAUUUGAUGAUGCAAAACGUGAAUUUUGCACAAAGACCAGUUUUUCCCCAAUUACCAGUGACAAUACCUUCAGUAAUGAACACUCCACAACCACCAGCUCCGAAGCCGCAGGCAACGAAAUCUCAUCCACGUAUUCAUCCUUGUGAUAUUUGUGGCAAAUCGUUUACAAGAGAAAGAGAUCUUCAUCGACAUCAAGCUCUCCAUUUAGAUACUUUAUUCACUUGCAAACAGUGUGGACUUGGAUUCAGUCGUCGUGAAAAGUUAGCUCGACAUGAGUUGGAACAACAUGGACCUCAGUAUCCAUGUGAUAUAUGUCGUAUAACAUUUCAUAAAAAGGAUGAAUUGGAUAUGCACUUGAAAAUGCAUGAGCUGCAGCAAAAUGCUGCCAUAUCAGCCCAACAAGCGAUUCUCAAUGCGGCAGGUGUUGUACAUGGACCAACAAUGGAAAUAUCACAAAUGCACCAUGUGGUUUCUCAACGACCAAUAGCGCCUUCUUCUGCUGCUGCCGCCGUUCCACCAAUGGCUCCAGUCGUGUCUCUACCACCGCCACAACGUCCUUCAGCAGCUGACAUGUCUUUCUAUAGUCAAAUGGUACCAACUAUGAAUCUGGGAUUUUAUAGUGAAACACGACCAGAAGACCGCAAUGGUAUAUAA